AUGACAAAACCAGAAUUGGCAGCCGAUGAUUUAGACGACGGAUUGGACUACGAGUUCGACUCCACCGUAGCAGACGACGUAGAAAACACUGAAGAAUUUGUGGAUGAUGGAAAGGGAGGUGUUAGCGAUGAAGACCAAUUCGAAACUGAAGAAUUAUCUAAACCUGAGACUGAAGGUAGAAAGAAAAGGAAGACCACAGAUUCUAAAUUUAAAGAAAAGAAAAGGUUAAAGAUGGAAAUGGAUUUAGAAGCAAAGAAGAAAAUCUCUGCUGAAUCAUCUCCUGAAGUCAUCACCGAUUAUAUCAAUCAAAUUGUUAGCCAAAAAAAUAAAAAAUUGAGUAGUUUGGAAUUAUCUGACUUAUACAUCUCCAAGACUGAUGUCAGAUCUACAGCUGAAUUCUCUGAGAAGAGAAAUUUGGACAAUUUACCAAAAUUCAUUGAUGGUAAGUUCAAUAACAUGUUGCCUGCCACUAAGAAAGAUCUGAAAAAGAAGAAAGAACAAAAGAAUCAAAAGAAUCAAAAUUCCGACGAGAGAAAAUUCAUCGGUAUCAUCUCCAUGUCAGCUAUACGUGCAUGUGACAUACAUAGAGCCACUAGAGACUUACUGGGUUCAUCAUUAAAAUUAAUUAAUAAAAAUAAGAUCAAUGUUGAUCUCAAACUUUUAACUACUACUAAUGCUAGAGUUUUAUGUUGUACUCCAGGAAGAUUACAAAAGGUUUUGGAAUCUGAGGAUUCACCUUUAAAAUCUGAAGAAAUUAAGAUCUUGAUCCUUGACAAUUCAUAUUUGGAUCAAAAAGGUCAAAAUAUUUGGGAUAUUCCAGAAACUAUUAAAGUCAUCAAACUGUUGACUUCUGCGGGUUCAAAGGUUUAUUUGUAUUAA